AUGCCUGGAAUCUUCAACAUCUGGCCCGCGCACGGGCCUGCUGCUGCUAGCAGUAAUUUCCGAACCGCUCCCGCCGCAUCUUCCGCCGCAUCUGCCGCUGGAAAUUUCUUCAGCAAGCAGGAGUAUCUGUCAUUUGCCGUCGACCACCACGUCGCGACAAAACCGGCGGACCUGUUGCUGACAGCGGAGCUCUCCGCAAUCGCCGGCGUGAUUCCCGCGCCGGUCCUGCCGCAUCAGCCGACCGCCUCCCCCGCGGUGAAAUCGCUGCUGUUCAACCAGCCGUCGACCUCGCCGCACAACCCGGCGCGUCUUCCGCUCGGCGGAAUUGGCGCGCUGCAACAAAUCCUUCGUACCGCAACUGCCGGCGCCAAUGGCGAACGGAGCCGCGGCUGCGCUAGCGGCACCCUUCUCGCAGCGCAAAUUACAGCAGUCGGCGGGCCGGCAGGGGAAAAGUCUGCAGCGACAAAAUCGGGGGAGGUCGCAGCAGCGGCAACUGCGGCGGUGACUGCGGCGAACAGCGGCAGCAGCAGAGGCCUGCAUUUAAUCCACGGGGCAUGGCCGACCGGCAGUCAAGGGAAGACCGCCGCAAGUCACGGCGCCAAGAGCGGUGGCAGCUACGACAGCAACAGUUCCGGUAGCGCGCACGACCCGUCGUCCGUGUGUUUGGCGGAGAUGGUUUCCGAUUUCAUGGAGACAGGCUCGACUGAGAGCCACACGCUCGACCACCGCCUGCUCGACGCGAUUCACGACAGCGAGGGUGGCUAUAACGCGGACGUUUUCUCGCGCAUGGCGGAGCAGGACGCGCAAGCUCCGCGGAUGGGGGAGAGCGGCGGGUGGUGCGGAAUGGGGGACGUCUCGAGCCUCAUUGAGGUGAGGGGAAGUGCGGAUAGGGGGAAGGCGGAAUGGGAAUGGGGAUAG